AUGACCGAUCCUAUGGAGACACUGCUUGACGUGGAAGGGAAUCCCCACCACGGGAUGGAAGUGAGCCGUGAGCACAUUUUCAAGGUUCCGGGUAUUACUUACUGCAACGGUAUUUACUCCGUAGGGAUAGACGGGAUGGAUGCAAGGCAAAGUUCUAAACCUGAUAACAUCCGCAUCUGGACCCGUCCGUAUAGGUCGGUAAGGCAUGAAGUCGCGUGGACCAACUUGGAGGAUUGCAUGCACCACUACUUGCACUUCUGCUGGUCACAGAUGCAAGCUCCAAGGCAUCUCAUGAUUCAAUUCCAUCGAUCGUCGGUCGUUGGCCCCUUGAAAGUUGUUUAUCAUCCGCAACUGGCCAUGCUCAGCCCAUAA